GCCAAAUUUCCCUCCAAACCAAAAGCAAUAGUAUAAGAUCCUUUUCUUCUUCUUCUUCUUCUAAGUUAUUUUCGAGAAAUUCUCUAUCCGACGAGCGACAAUGGCGAGCGACCUCGCUGAGAAGGCUAGAGAGGCCUUCGUCGACGACGAUUUUCAACUCGCCGUCGAUCUCUACUCUCAGGCUAUCACAUUAAACCCCGAAAACGCCGAUCUUUUCGCCGACCGCGCUCAGGCCAAUCUCAAGCUCAACAACUUCACCGAAGCUGUUGGCGACGCUAACAAGGCAAUUGAGCUUGAUCGGUCAAUGGCUAAGGCGUAUCUGCGUAAAGGCAUUGCUUGUUUGAAACUCGAAGAAUAUCAUACUGCCAAGGCCGCACUUGAAGUUGGGGCAUCUUUGUCGUCAAAUGAUUCGAGAUUCACCAGGUUGCUUAAGGAAUGUGAUAAUUGUAUUGAAGAGGAAAACAAGCUUCUAAAUAAGCCUUUGACAUCAAAUGGGCUAGCAAGUACUACACCUGUAUCUGUUGAAACCUUGGCAGACUUUAAAAAACAACGUAACUUGUCUUCUCAGAUUGAUACAAGCUUAAGGCCAAAAUACAGACAUGAGUUCUACCAGAAGCCGGAUGAAGUGGUGGUGACUAUAUUUGCAAAGGGCAUACCAGCAAGACAUGUUUUUAUUGAGUUUGGUGAACAGAUUCUAAGCGUUAAAAUAGAAAUACCUGGAGAAGAUGCUUAUCAUUUCCAACCUCGAUUGUUUGGGAAGAUAAGCCCAGAUAAGUGCAGAUAUCAGAUACUGUCAACCAAAAUUGAAAUCCGUCUCGUCAAAGCUGAAGCCAUUCAAUGGGCAUCACUUGAAUAUAGCAGAGAGGCUAUUGUUCCACUCAGAGUCAACGUCUCAUCAGGUGGAUCUGUCAAGCCCGCAUACCCAUCUUCAAAGCCAAAAUCAAGAGACUGGGAUAAGUUGGAAGCCCAAGUGAAGACAGAGGAAAAAGAAGAGAAGUUAGAAGGUGAUGCUGCUCUGAACAAGCUAUUCCAGGACAUAUACCAAGAUGCUGAUGAGGAUAUUAGGAGAGCAAUGACCAAAUCUUUCGUCGAGUCAAAUGGGACAGUGCUGUCAACCGAUUGGAAAGAAGUGGGUUCAAUGAAAGUUGCGAGUAGCCCGCCUAAAGGCAUGGAGUUGAGGAAAUGGUAGCUUAGUUCCUUGUUUACCAAAGCAAUCUGUUCUUUUGAGUUACUCGCUGUAACCAAUAGUUUUUGCCCCUCUUCUUGCCCCACACCAUCUAUCUCUUAUUUCUGAGUGAGUAUUGAAAUCAUGUUUUAGUCUCUUUGAA